AUGGAAAACAUGAAUAACAACUUGGAACGAAAAUCGGAAAAUGGCGAGCUAAUGAUGAGUUUUUUGGCGCAAUUUCAGAACUUUGAAACAAGGAAACGCCAGUUACAAUUCCAAAAUCAACAGCUCACCAAAGAGAAUCUACUGUUACGCAAUACAUUACAAGGCAUUCAACAACAGCUUUUUGCAGCGGAGUCGACCAUUUUGCAACUGAAACAUGGAAAACAAUAUGAGGAAUUCAAGGUACGACAGCAAGCAAUAUCAUCGUCAUGUUUAACCCCUCACAAGUUACCCGAUCCUUCGGCCGAAGAACCGACAAUUUCCGCUAUCUCACCGGAUAAAAUUCAAAAACAGGUGCUCAAAUAUGUAUCUGAAGAUCGCCACGAAAUGGCCAUGGUUCUAUGCACGGAUGCUGUGGAUGAACUGGAGAGAACUUGUGGGCAUGAUCAUCCUGAUGUUGCGAAGAUAUUGAGCACCUUAGCGCAAAUCUACCGCGAUCAAUGCAACAACAAGGAGGCUAGACGUCUAUUAAAAAACGUGCUAGCUAUCAGAGAGAAAACACAGUUCAUCCUGAUGUCGUCGCAACUUUACACAACCUCAGUACAUUGUACGAUGACUGUGGCAAUUCCCAGAAAGCAGAGAUAUUCUGUUCGAAAGCCUUAG